ACCAUGGGAUGUACUCUGAGUGCAGAAGAGAGAGCCGCCCUCGAGCGGAGCAAGGCGAUUGAGAAAAACCUCAAAGAGGAUGGCAUCAGCGCCGCCAAAGACGUGAAAUUACUCCUGCUGGGGGCUGGAGAAUCAGGAAAAAGCACGAUUGUGAAGCAAAUGAAGAUCAUCCACGAAGAUGGCUUCUCUGGAGAAGACGUGAAACAGUACAAGCCUGUUGUCUACAGCAACACCAUCCAGUCCCUGGCAGCCAUUGUUCGAGCCAUGGACACUUUGGGCAUUGAAUACGGUGACAAGGAGAGAAAGGCCGACGCCAAGAUGGUGUGUGACGUGGUGAGUCGGAUGGAAGAUACUGAGCCUUUCUCUCCAGAGCUGCUUUCUGCCAUGAUGCGACUCUGGGGCGACUCAGGAAUCCAGGAGUGCUUCAACCGGUCUCGGGAGUAUCAGCUCAAUGAUUCUGCCAAAUACUACCUGGACAGCCUGGAUCGGAUCGGGGCCUCGGACUACCAGCCCACAGAGCAGGACAUCCUCCGAACCAGGGUCAAAACCACCGGCAUCGUAGAAACCCACUUCACAUUCAAGAACCUCCACUUCAGGCUGUUCGACGUUGGGGGCCAACGAUCUGAACGUAAGAAGUGGAUCCACUGCUUCGAGGACGUCACGGCCAUCAUCUUCUGUGUCGCACUCAGCGGCUAUGACCAGGUGCUCCAUGAAGACGAAACCACGAACCGCAUGCAUGAAUCCCUGAAGCUUUUCGACAGCAUCUGCAACAACAAAUGGUUCACAGACACGUCCAUCAUCCUGUUUCUUAACAAGAAAGACAUAUUCGAAGAGAAGAUCAAGAAGUCCCCACUGACCAUCUGCUUUCCUGAGUACACAGGCCCCAGUGCCUUCACGGAAGCCGUGGCUUACAUCCAGGCCCAAUACGAGAGCAAGAACAAGUCAGCCCACAAGGAGAUCUACACCCACGUCACCUGUGCCACCGACACCAACAACAUCCAGUUUGUCUUUGACGCUGUGACGGACGUCAUCAUCGCCAAAAACCUGCGAGGCUGUGGACUCUACUGAGGCCCAGCCCCUGCCCAGCCUGCCCACCACCCUGCCCAGCCUGUCGCCCCACCUCCCCACCCCCGGGACCAGGGCUCUGCCACAUAUUUGCACUUGAGGAAGAAGAACCCAGAAGCCAGCACCGGGCGGGGGGAGGAGGGAGCAUCCUCCACACCACCCCACCCAGCCCAACCGACUCCUCUUCAGGCCUGGGCCGCUGCCCAGACCUCUGAACACGUGGUAACAGGGAGCUGGGCUGGGGGUGCCGAGCGCUGCGUGCUACGGGGCCAGGAGACUUGGGCCUCAGACCUGUGGGCCUGCUCACUUGCCUCUGCUCCAUGGGUUACUCGCGGUAGCUAAGGGUUUUAUCUGGACGUGUGGGUGGUGGGCACAGCCGCCGUUUGGCCCAGGAUGGGCACUCCAUACACUUUGUCAUUCAGACUCAAAGUCCCAGGGUCUCCUUUCUGUCACCUGGGUUGUUCAGGUAGCAGGAGUGGCCCUGGGACAGGGUGAUGGUGGGUGUAGGGGCAGUGGGAGCCACUGCAUGCCUUUCCUGGGGUCUCUCUGGCUACAGGCAGCUCCAUCACCAAUAUCCAGGGUGGGCCCAGGCUACCUGUGCGUUGGUCCAAGGGCCCAACCUUGGCUCGCGCCUCCCUCCUCUCUCUGCCCUUGGAUCUUAGCCCUCUGGCGUGAGCCUCCCCUUGUCUGGGCCAUCCUUCCUUGCCCCCCCGGGACCCCCACCCUCCCUCCCCACGGAACUGGAAAUGCUUCUGAGUCGACUUGUUGCAAAAGUAUGUGGUAGAUGGUGGGAAGGGUGAGUCGG